AUGACGACCGUGAAAGGCCUUCUUAAAGGCCUUCGCUACAUCACUCAGAUUUUCGAUGAAGAGAAAGACCAAGAUAUCCAGAUCGGUUUUCCCACUGAUGUAAAGCAUGUUGCCCACAUAGGAUCCGACGGUCCUGCAGCCAAUGCGCCAAGCUGGAUGGGUGACUUCAAACCUCAAGAACAUGAUGGUCAAGUAGUUUCCCGAGGAGAUGUGACCAACAAUCCAGUAGGUGAAGGAGUUGGAUUACAAGAGUUGUUGCCUCCUCCAGAAAAACAGAAGCACAAGAAGACAAGGCGUAAAUCCGAGACGACAUCACAAAACGGUUCUCCUCCUAGGAGAAGCAGCAACGUUUCAACAUCAGAUAUGCCACCCAAACAUUCGAGACGUCACAGCAGAAGUAGACACGGGUCGAUGGACUCCACGAAUGAUGCAUCAAUCAGGAGGAGGCGUGUUGUCUCGGUUAACGACGCUGAAGGUUCUGACCCUCUCUCAGAUACUUCUGCUACUCGUAGAAAGUCUACAUCACGUCAUAGGAAGGUGAAAGAAUCAGGAGGAGGAGGAGGAGAGGUCUCCAUGAAGAAGACUAAAGCAAAACCCGAGAGUUCUAUUGUUCAAUCAGUCGAUGUUUGUAAUGAUGUUAACACCAGCGACAAAGACUAA